AUGGACGCUGCACCGGAAUAUGAACAACCUCCAGAGUAUGAAGAGGAAGUCAACGGUGCGGUCGGUCAGGUCAUGAGCCCCGGAACUCUGGUUCUCUCAAACCACCACGUCAUUCCCGCUUCCUGCUCGAAUUCAGACCCAAAACCUCUCUACGAGCUCAGCCGUGGAGUGGCAGUCUUAUCAAAUGCAACCACCUCUGUUGAGUUCUCGCGUCUAGACCACUCCGUGAGCCAGAGUGUGAGCGGAGAGCCCACGUUGAGAGUCCGUAAACGGCAGCUCUACUCACUCGAGCAUUUCCGAAAUGGGUACCUUGGCAAAGGAAGUCGGGGUUCACCGCCCAAAAAAGUCAAAAGGGAUAGCGGCGAGUAUGGCGAGCCAUGUUUCGUGGAGGGUACAACGAGCAGCGAGAGUCCAAUUUUGUUUGCUGUGAGAUGGGUAAAGCGUGAUGGGCUAUAUGAAUGGGCAGACUAUGCUGGAAAACAAGUCGCUGUUGAAAGCAUCGCUGGUGGAACGCACACCCUGGAUGUCAGGAUUGAGCUGCCGAGGCAAUCUUUUGAUGUAUUGGUGGCGCUCUGGUGCUUGAGAAUAUGGUUUGACUCGGUGCAAGAGCACAACGAUGCGAAACCACCCAUAGGUUGGACUGAGAUCAAACGACGGAUACGCCUUGCAAAUGAUCUUCCCACAGCACUAUAG